AUGGUGGAGACCAUACGGAAGAAACUGAUGGGACGAUAUCAGUUGAAAAGGGAAACAAUUGGAUGUGGUCAGUUUGAAGUUAACAAUACUGGUAGGUCAUAUGUGGUUGAUUUGGAAAAGAGGACCUGCUCAUGCUUGACAUGGGACAUGACAGGUAUUCCAUGCCUGCAUGCAUACAUAUGUAUUGUGUAUUCUGAACAAAACCCCAAGGGAUAUGUGCACCAUUACUAUAGUGUGGAGAUGUGGAGGGUAGCAUACGAGCCUUUAAUUUACCCUAUGCCAAGUAAGGAUCAGUGGCUCACUACCAAAUACGAGAAGCCCACUGCUCCUGAGGUUAGGAAACAACCCGGGAGUCCAAAGAAACAUGGAAGAAGAAAUGAGGACGAUCAACAAGGAGCAAACAAGUUGAGAAAACCUGGUGUGCAUAUGACCUGUUCGAGAUGUAAUCAAGUUGGUCACAACAGAAGAAAAUGUCUGUGUGGGAACGCAGGCACACCUUCCUUUACUUCUGCAGCAGAAUUUCAAACUCCUUCAUUUCCAGAUGAACAAGUCAUUUCACAACCUCCAAUGUUAGAGCCUUCACAGCCAACAACCGAAUCUAUGCAAACUGAGCACGCUCCAUCGUCGUCGCCUUCGCAGGCAGCAUGGCAAACAAGUCAGGCAUGCCAAACUAAUCUAUUGCAAGCCAAUGUGGCUCGUGAAAAGAUGUUGGCCAAAUGA